ACAGGGGGAGUGAUGGAGCAUCGAGUAAUGUAAAGGACUCCAGUCGGGUCGCCGCGAUAUGAGAGUUUCUCCCCGCGCGCGCUCACAGACCAGCCACGCGCUGCUUCUACGGCAGCUUCACAUCUCGAUACCAACCACUCGUCCGGGAUAGAAGAUUUAAACCCAGAAUUAACAAACGUAGAGUGUUUAUUUCGUUGAUAUUCUCUGGACUUCAGGAACAGAUCGGUUGACAAAUGCUGUUUUGAGGACAAUGGCCCCUAGCUGAAGGCAGUGACGUCAAAAGACUGAGAUGGAGUUAUCCUCAAUAGACGCCUCUGCUGCACUGGGUAUAUGGGGCAACAGCUCCAUUCCCAGUUUCCUCCUCAAUGAGACUAUUCUUAAUGACACCUGCCUCCUCAACACAUCAAACUGCAUCAAUGCUACAGAUACAGGCAUCCGAUCAGGAACAAGCAUGGCUGGAAUCCUCAUCCCUCUUAUAUACAUAAUCGUCUGCAUCUUGGGCUUGGGAGGAAACUCUCUGGUCAUCCACAUUGUCCUGCAUUACUCAAAGACGGAGUCUGUGACUAACAUCUAUAUCUUGAAUCUCGCUAUAGCUGAUGAGCUUUUCAUGUUGGGCCUUCCGUUCCUUGCUGUGCAGAAUGCCAUGCACUCAUGGCCCUUCGGAUCCUUCACGUGCAGGCUGGUAAUGACCGUAGAUGGCAUCAACCAGUUCACCAGCAUUUUCUGCCUCACCGUGAUGAGCAUCGAUCGGUACCUGGCUGUGGUUCACCCUAUCCGGUCUUCGAAGUGGAGGCGACCACAAGUGGCCAAAGCAGUGAACGGAACGAUCUGGGCGGUCUCAUUUUUGGUAGUCCUGCCUGUGGUGAUUUUCGCCAACGUGCAAAGAGAGGGAGGAAUCUGUAACAUUAUAUGGCCUGAGCCGACCAAAAUCUGGGGGGCGGCAUUUAUCAUCUACACAUCCACCGUUGGGUUUUUCUUUCCCUUGCUGGUCAUCUGCAUGUGCUACCUUCUUAUAGUAUUCAAAAUUCGUAGUUCGGGAAAGAAAGUUCACGCCACUUCAACCAAACGGCGCAAGUCGGAGCGGAAGGUCACACGGAUGGUGGUGAUAGUGGUGGCUGUGUUUGUUUUUUGCUGGAUGCCGUUUUAUGCCCUCAACAUCAUAAACCUGGUGGUGUCACUCCGCGACGAGCCGCAAGGCCUGCAUCUUUUCGUGGUGGUGCUUUCUUAUGCCAACAGCUGCGCCAACCCUAUCGUGUACGGCUUUCUCUCUGAAAACUUCAAGCGUGGUUUCCGCAAGGCUCUGUGCCGCUCCUCGCGGAGGGUGGAAAACCGCGACCCCACAGAGCAGCAGCGACAGGAAGAAAGAAGAAGGGUGCUGAAGCCCAGGGAAAGCCUGAGGAGAGCAGUGAAAGCAGAAGAAGAUGAGGAAGAAGAUGAGUACAGGGAGGAAGUGACAGAGAUGACGGAGAUCUGCAAGAUUACUCAGAACGGAAACGGAAGUGGACAACCCGAAAGCACCCGUGCUCUUUUCACAGAGAGACCCUCAGCUGCGGGGUUUGCCGAGAUGGCCUCCCCAGGCAGGAGGGACAUGGAUGGGGAAACCGCUGGAAAAGUGGCAGCCUUUGGGCCUGCAGCAACCCUGCUAAACGGGGCUAAAAACGGUAGCGUGAAAACACUGCCAGAGGAACCAGUUGAAAAAAACACCUCACUGGAGAUCAGCUACUUGUAGAAUAACUGGAUUUAUGUCAGCUGGAAGAACAGUAUUAUUGUAAAUGCAUCCUGAGGCCUCCUCAAAAGAGCACUUUUUAAAAAAUUGGUAUUUUCUCUCCUGGCUUCUUUGAAAUCCUGUUUCACUUUUUGAAUGUAUCAAGAAAUCUAUAUUCCAUAAACAGAUUUAAUAUUAUGGACACUAUUAUAGAUUUGCAAACCAUCACAGUGGUUUUUACGUUAUUAGUCGAAUUUGACGGACGAAUCAAUGCAAUUAAUUUAAGGCUACUACUGGGCACCAGAUAAAUGAGAUCUGCAGAACAUUACUGUAAAAUGUGAUAAACUAAUUGAGAAGAUAACAAUUUUUUACACAUGUAAACAAUGGUUAAUAAUUGCCUAUACACAAUUUGUUGAUAUAUUCCUAUGGUGGUUUGUAAUUUUCUGUAAAUGUCUUUUUUAUGUACUUUUGCCUUACUUGUAAAGUGUUGUACGCUAAUAGAAAUGUGUUGCAGCGUCUGCAGCGUCUGCAGCGUCUGCGUUGAAUGUAGUUCUACAUGCAGGUUUGGGUGGAACCUAAUGAUCUGGGUCCUGUAAAUCUUUUUUCCGAGCGUGUAAGCAGUCACCUUACAGCAGCUUGCCUUUCCCUUACCCCAAUAUGUCUGCCAUUUUCCUGUAAUGAUCAACUCCGUUUUAUCCAGUUCUGUUGUCCGGGGGUAGUGUCAGGACCCAGCUCCUCCUUCUAAGAAAGAAAGCUAAAUUUGUGACCCUGUCUGUGAAAAUCCAGCUAAAGUCAUUUUUAAGUAAAUACAUAAAACUGUCCUGCGUCAUGUAAAGAACAUUCUGUGAAAAUAUAAUCUUGAUAUCUUUAAUAUUGGUUUAUGCCAGCACAAAGAUUAAAAUCGUAAUGAAAUGAAUGGUUAAAAUCUGUGAUGUUUGAUUUUUUCAUAUUUAGAUUAUGAGCCUUAAGUCUGGUUUUCACAGGCAGGGUCACAUGUGUACAAAUGAUUAUUUUAAUUGAUGGCAGAGGAAAUAACAUCAUGGCAGAUUUUGUGCAGUUAAUCAGUUUUGAUAUUCUUCAAAAUACCACAAACACAUUCAGCGUAACAUUAAAAUCCAAUGACAAUUCUUAAGGGACUCAACCUCUAUGGCUUAUACUGUUAAUGCUUCACAAUGUCACACACAGUCAGUGUUACUUAAUGGCUCAUGUUGUGCAGGGAGAUCCAUUCCACACAAAAGACACAAACACACAUUCAGACAUUGAGAUCAAUGCAAAGCUAAAAAACAUCAGGACUUUAAGCCUGACCUUUGACCCGCUCAGAUUAUCCAACACCAGCCAAAGAGGUUAAAGUGCAUCCAAUUAUAAUUUAAUUUAUGUUCCCUCAAACAAAAAACACAUGCGUACGCAUACAUUGAAAUUCCAAAGUAUCCCCAUCCAGUACCACAGUAUGUAUAUGUGACAUUCAGAGACCCUUUUCUUAAUGUUGUAAAUAAACGCUAACAAUUGAGAUUGUUACAAGCCCUAGCGUAUCACACCCACACUCCCCAUCUCCUCCUACGCCCAAGCUACCACUUUGGGCUCAGAGGAGUAAACAAAGCCAUUGCAGGCACUUUAUAAGAAAGAUAAAGAGAUUAAACAUCUUUAAUGAACGUGCUGUCCCUGUGCAUUUCACAGCUUUCUUUUACAACUGAUUGUUUAAAUAUUUCAAAAGAACGUUUCAAAAGCUGUGUGUGUGUGCUGGUCAAAUCACAAGAUGUUUAUUAGGAUUAUUUUUAAUUGUUGUGCUGUUACGUGGCAUUUAUCGAGCAUUGUUUUUACCAUCGGCGCCCUCAGAGAAGCCGCCAUUUCUGUCUGUGGGCAGAGCAGCACCCAUCCUGUGACCUUAUGAUUGGACAGCUCUCUAAAUGAAUGUCUGUGAUUCACUGGACGCUUGACACCCACCGAGGCCCACCCACACACGAUAUGGAUGCACAAAUAGGCAAAUAAUGCUGAAGGCUUCUUGUGAGCACCAUGAUGUUAUUCAUUUCUUGGCACAGACUUAUAGGCCUCUUGUGCAAAAGAAGCCAUUUACUCCAGCAUAAAAAAUACAACAGUACCCGUGUGUCUUUGGGCAAUAUAUUACUAUAUUUGCCGGUGUAUGUUUUGUACAAUCUUCUUUUUAGCUGCUUAAUGUACGUUUUAAAUUCCGCACUUUGCUGAGAGACUGUAAAUCAUGUAAAAUGUUUCGGGAAGAAUUAUUAUGGAAUUAAAUAGCUUUAAGUGUUAAAAGUGAUGAAUCUGCUGCUGAGUGCAUCUUGCAUUAGAUAAAUCCUUUCAUAUCUCUAAAUCAUUCUGUGUAUAUACUGAGAAAGUUUCAAAAAUCUACAUUUAUAUAUUUUCCAAAUUCUGAAAUAAAAGUUCUGUCUCUGUGAAUGUGCUUUUUAUGCUUUUAUGUGUUUGUCAACAUUUUUCAAGGUAAAAUUGUGUUCUGCCCGGACGCAGUCGAGCGCACGGUAACCUCAUGGAAGUCUGAGUCUGUUGGAUUUUUCAGUUUUUUGUUGAACUUGGUCAAAAUAAGCCAUAGUUAUGACAAUAAUGAGGAAAGACCUUAGCAAACAGGACAUUGUUGCUAACCAUUGGA